AUGAACAUGAGAGCAAGACUUCAGAAGAAUACUGAUUUUGAAGAACUAACGAGCCACUUGUUGGGUUGCUGGCUUAGUAUUCCUUGUAUAAUUUUGGGUAAAGGCUGUCAGGGAUCAUGGCUGAAAUCCUGGCCUACUGAAGCCAGUAUUAUACCUGCUUAUAUUCGCCAGGACGCGGAAUCAAAAGAAAUAGUUGAAGCAGCAGAAAUGUUAAUAAAUAACAUCAGUGGAAGAUACAAACAAAACAGUGGUGUGAAAAAUACAAGAAAAAUGUCUCAGACAUUUUCUGAGAAGAGCACAUCUUUUAAAAAAUCUGGCUUCAGUGUUAGUAAGAAAAAAAGUCUGAACAGAAGUUAUGGAAAUUUGGAAACUACUACACUCCUUAAUGUAACUGCUAAGCAUCUUACGAAUGAUGUCUACAACUUUAACCUAAGUGGAUUUGAUGAACCUACGAUAAAGCUUGGAGUACAAGAAUUUCAUCUCACUAAAUUGGAGGCUGCUGCAGAUUUUUCAGUGAAGAUGAAUCAUGAAACUGAAGGAAAAAGUUUAAACCAAAAGAAGCAAAAUAAUAAGAACAGAAGGAAUAAAAGCAAGAAGCAUCUUUUUAGUGACACAGACACAGAAUGUAGAGGUGAUGACACUAAGACAGAUAUUAGCUGGCUAAGAGAAUCCAAUAGAAAGCCUAAACCUCAACUGGUUGACUACAGCAGAAUCAGAAAGCAGAAGAAAUCUGAAACACUGGAAGCAAGUAGGAAAGAUAAAAGCUCUAUGUCACCACCCAUGAAGGAAAGGUUUAAAAAAAUGGAAUCUAUAACUAAUAAGACUCAUGUUUCUAAAAAACGAAGUGACAAUGAUAUUGAGAAAAUCAUACAACCAACCAGAUCAAAACGACCCAGAAGAGCAGCACAAGCAAAAAAAUGUUAUAAAGAACUCUCCAACUCAGAGACUGAGAGUGAAAAAGAAGAAGAACCUUUAGAAGACUUCAUUAAGAAAAAUAUGACAGAACAUAAGCCUGUAAAACAUAACACUGUUAAUCAGCCAAAGAUACAACAGCAUAUGAGUUUGACUGAGACAAAGAAAGAAAAAAUGGUAAAACAACAAAAACGGGGAGUUAAAUCAAGAGGUUGUGAACCACAAACCCAAACAGAGUUAUCACCUCCAUCUUCAUUUGAGAGUCCAGUUUAUCUUGAAAAAAUGAGGUGUUGUGAGAAAUAUGCAGAGGCAGAAUCUAUGGAAGAGCAUACAUCAUUGAGAGUAUCAUCUUCAUCACCUUGUCUUCAGGAGUUAACACCUGAAAAUGUGGAAUCUUCAGGCAACAAAACCUUUUCUGGUUUAGGGAAAAUUAAUGGAGAGAGUAUUCAAUUAAAGCAGCUCCCUGAAAAAGGCAGAAAGCUGGUGUUUGAAACUGAAGAGUUGCCUCCUGUUCUAAGUCCAGUCUCCUUGACCAACCUUAGUCCUUUUACUAUGAGAAAAAAAGUUCCCAGUGUCCAAAAUGAAGAGGUUUCCAAACUUCAGGAGAAAAUAUAUUAUCCCAGUGAAGCAGGGAGCAUAAAAAUUUGCUCUUUAAGCAGAUCAUCUGAUAUAGAAGAGAAAGAUUUUUCGGAAGGUCUGGUGAAAAAAGCAAGAGAGGAAUCUAUAUCUCCAUCUCAGUUAUCCACACCUAAUAGGAACAGAGAAGAAUUGUGCCAUAAAGAAUCUUUAGCUUACAUACAUGAAUCUGGACCUACAAUACAUACGGAUUUUAAACGGUUGUACCGGGCAGACAUGGAAAGUGAUUCUGAUGAAGAAGAAAUCAGAAGAGAAGAAACAAAAACAAAGCUGCUUCCUAGAAAGUUGUUUAAAACAGAUGAUAACACUUCUAAAGUUUCUGAAAACGUGUCUAGUUUAUCCCUCAAUGACACCUCUGUUUUUGAUGGGGAAGGCUGGGAUGCUGACACGUCAAGUGUAGGAGUUAUUUGUCAGAAGCUUCAUAAGGAGAUGGAUAGAAAAAUACAGAACCGAUCAAAAAGAAUUGAAAAUUUUACAAAACAGUCAUUGAAAAUGACCCAUGAGCACAUGAAUAUAAUCGGUAGUGAGUUACAUAAGCACAGGGCCAAACAACUGGAAAAUCUUCAUUCCUGUCUCAUCAAAGAGCUUGAAAGUUUUGAAAAAGAUUCACAGGCUUUGAGAAAUGUGGAAAAAGACUUUGCAAACUUUUCAAAGAAACAGUGUGAGAUGUUCAGCACGUACAACAAAAACGAGCAACGAAGACUUCAGAAUAUCAAAACUUCACUUGAAAAGAACAUUUACCAUAAUACUGACAGUGAGCAAGAUAUUUUUAUAUCUCAGAUGCAUCGAAUUAAAGAAGACAUGAAAGGGAUCCAGGAAAGGUUACUAAAGGAGAUGCAUGAAGAGGAAUUGCUAAAUGUCCGAAAAGGACUUCAGUCACUAUUCAUGGCAGAAAAUAUGAAGUUCUAACACAGUGCUCUUCGAUGCAAGGACAUGGAAGAAUGUAUAUGUUUGUAGUGUUUUUGUAAUGUCAGUGGCCUAUAAUUUCAGUAGUGGGGCAUCUGCUAGUUGAUUUGAUCCAAUUA